UUUACAUUUUUCAGGGAGGUCCAAAAAGCAGUGAACACAGCACAGGGUCUGUUUCAGCGAUGGACAGAUCUUCUUCAGGAUCCUUCUAUUGCUACCCGGGAGGAGCUGGACUGGACCACUAAUGAACUACGUAACAAUCUGAGGAGCAUUGAGUGGGACCUUGAGGACCUCGAUGAGACGAUUAGUAUUGUUGAAUCCAAUCCUCGCAAGUUCAGUCUGGAUCCAGCAGAGAUGAGGCAGAGAAAAGCUUUUAUCAGCGAAACCCGGCAGUGUGUCAAGGAAAUGAAGGAUCAGAUGACCAGUCCAUCUGUUCAGGCCUUAGCUGAAAAGAAAAACCGGCAGGCACUUUUAGGAGAAGGGACAAGACGGGGCUGGAACAGUGAACCAGACAAGUUUAAAGGGCUGGACCAAGAGAUCCAGUCAGCAAAUUCACAAUUUUUAGAGGGGCAGGUUUCACAACAACAGCUGAUCAUGGAGCAGCAGGAUGAGGAAUUGAACCUGGUAUCUGGGAGUAUUGGAGUGCUGAAGAAUAUGUCACAACGCAUUGGCAAUGAGCUGGAUGAACAAGCUGUGAUGCUGGAUGACUUUUCACAUGAAUUGGACACAGCACAGUCUCGUAUGGACAAUGUCUUAAAGAAGCUGGCGAAGGUGUCUCACAUGACUAGUGGUGAGUUAGAAAUGUGUCCACGAAAUAUGGUCAUAUUAAUAGGAAAGUUGGUAGAAAUGCCAAACUGUAGCUGCUGA